GGCGCGAGUCCGCGGGGGAGGGGACGAGGGAAAGGGCGACGCUUCGCGGACUGCACCACGUCGCACCCCACCUGGCUUGGCAGUUCAGCGGCACAAGGCCAUAGCCUCCCAAGGGACUGGAUGGCCUCGGAAGACCUGGCGGUGGAGCUGGCAGCGGUGCUGGGGGGCCGGGGGCUGUGCGUGCAGGUCUGUGACUCUGAGCCGGCCGAGGAGCCGCUGCCGCCUGUGCGGCUGCGGAGGAACGUCUGCUACGUGGUGCUGGCCGUGUGCCUCAAUGAGCAGGAUGAGGUGCUAAUGAUCCAGGAGGCCAAGAAAGAAUGCCAUGGGUCGUGGUACCUACCCGCGGGGAGAAUGGAGCCUGGGGAGACCAUCGUGGAGGCCUUACAGCGGGAGGUGAAGGAGGAGGCCGGGCUGCACUGUGAGCCUCUGACAUUGCUGUCUGUGGAGGAGAGGGGCCCCUCCUGGAUCCGCUUCGUGUUCCUCACUCGGCCCACAGGUGGAGUUCUCAAGACUUCCAAGGAAGCAGAUGCGGAGUCCCUGCAGGCUGGCUGGUACCCACGAACCUCCCUGCCCGCUCGGCUGCGAGCCCUUGACAUCCUGCCCCUGGUGGAGCUGGCUGCCCAGUACCGCCAGCAGGCCAGGCACCCUCUUGUUCUGCCCCAAGAGCUUCCCUGCAGUCUGGUCUGCCAGCGGCUCGUGGUCACCUUUACCAGUGUCCAGACAGUGUGGGUGUUGGUGGGCACAGCGGGGAUGCCUCACUUGCCCAUCACUGCCUGUGGCUUUACUCCCAUGGAGCAGAGGGGUGGCAUCAAGAUGGCCAUCCUGCGGCUGUUGCAGGAGUGUCUUACUCUGCACCACUUAACAGUGGAAACCAAGGGGUUGCUUGGGCUACAGCACCUGGGUAAAGACCAUACAGAUGGCAUCUGCCUGAAUGUUCUGGUGACGGUGGCUUUUCAAAACCCAGGUAUCCAAAACGAGCCCCCGAAGGUUCGGGGUGAGAACUUCUUUUGGUGGAAAGUGAUGGAGGAAGACUUACAAAGCCAGCUCUUACAGAGGCUUCAGGAAUCAUCUGUCAUCCCUCUCAAUAGAUAGGAAGGUGCCAUCAGUAAGCAAGGAGCUGGGUGCCUGUGCUCCCUCCACCGUGGCUUUGCCUCCCUCUGAGGGAGGCAGGAUAGCAAUCAGGGCUCUUGUCGCAUUGGGAGCAGGGCAGUUGUUCCUGCUCAGGGGGACUUCCGUCUUUCCUCACUAUGGAGCAGGUCCCUACAUUGUACCAAAAGGGACAGUGCCUUUAACCAA